UGGCUUUCCCUGGGUAUAGUUAUAUAUGUAUAAAUAGGCUGUCUUUUUUUGACGAUCGUUAAUUGUUGCCGUUACAACUGGGUUGUUGUUUUGAAAAUGUGUACUGCGAAUGGUAAAAUUAGUAAAGAAAGAAGCUCUAUGUUAGAGGCUUAUGAUAAAGUUUGCUUAAAUUGAAAGUUUUUAAGUUUGAAUUUAAAGGUACCUAUACAGCUUACAGUUUUACGGAUAUUUGGCGGUGGUGUUAACGUCGUUUAGUAAGGGUUUAUUUGUAAUUGAUUUUGUUGAUUCGUUAUUUGUUGUAUUUGUGUUUGUAUAGGUGUUGGCGUUUGCCACAGUGUUCGAUUGCCGUUUAUAUUCAUGUGUUUCUAUGUGCUACGUUGUUAAGUAGUAUUGUGUUCGUAAUUCCGUGUCUGCAAUCCUUCGUAGUUUCGUUUGUGUGAAGUCAUGCUAGUAGUCACCGUUCGUAAUUAUGAUUCUCCCCUGGUCGUUGGUUGCUUAGUGUCCUAUGUGCGUUUUCCGCGGGAGGUAUUCUGGGCGGGUAUGUAUUUUAGCCUCAGGCUGUGAUGUUACGUAAAGUACUUGUUAGCGUUGGUAUACGUAUUGUUUGUAAAGUGAAUAUUUGUCGUGUAGUUUGUUUAGUUUUGUGUAGUUAUUUACCUUGCUUGUAUUUAUCGGAAGUUAUAUUGUUUACCGUAUAUUUAUAUUUAUAUUUAUAUUUACAUAUUAUAGCGAUGUUCAUGUGAAUCAUUGUGUCCGCCCUUGCAUCCGUAACACGUACAGGUUAACUGUGCCAAGCAUUCUUGCAGAGGGUGUAACAUAUACAGUUAGAGAGCUUUGUUAUAAAUAUACAUUUAUUUUCAAGGAAUAGCUUUCCUGCAACAAGCUAAAACCUUUAUAGAAAUUAUAUUUUUCGGUCAAGCUAAAACAGCACUUUAUAAAUUCGUGAAAUCGUUUUGCGAAAGUUACAUUUAGUCUUGAGGAUAAAAAUAGUUUAAAAUAAUGCAUCAAUAAUACAUUAAAAACAAUACAUCAAAUUCACAGUAAGGGUUCUGUAUUAAAUUAUUCAACUAAAGCAAUGUUUAAGCAAUCUUUAUUUACAUGGUAGUAUAUUCAAAGAAAACAAACACAGAAGCGGUAGUACUUAGUUUUAGAUCAUAAGAAACUAAAUUUCUCUUAAAUGAUGUGGGUUGAUGGCUAGCUAAUGGAAUUGAGGCUGGUCUAUUAUUUGUUAGAAUAUAAAACAGUUUUUAUCUAUUUCAUCAACAAACAUACAUCAAAUUCACAGUAGCCGUUCUGUAUUAAUUUAUUCAACUGCGACAAAUUGUUCAACCGUUUUCAUGAAUUAAAUAUAAACUUGUUAAAAUAUGUAAAUAUAAAAAACAAAUCAAAUGUACAUUCUUGAAAAUGUUGAUGUUCUUCUCAUGACUGCUAUAUAAUUAUCUUGUUUGUAUCAAUUUUUUAAAACUUUUUAGGUUUAAGAGAAUGGAAUUAUAUACUUUAUUAAUUCUCUGCUGGUGUUGCACAAAAGCCACACAGGGAGCAGAAGGAUUCUACAAUAUCGCUCAUAUGACCAACAAUAAAGAUUCUGUUUUAUGGGCAGUUGAAAAAGGAGCCAACUCAGUGGAGAUUGAUUUAAAGUUUGAUGAGAACGGUGUUCCGUUAAAAUUCUAUCACGGUUCUCCAUGUGAUUGUUCGUGCAUGUGUCCAGCAGGAGGCUGUUAUAUAUUAUACCCAAACAGCGUCUGUGUGCAACUCGAAAAGACUUCAAAAUAUCCAUGCGAUGCAAGCAGUAAACCAAAGGAAUUACUGAAUCUUUUAGCUCAGCAAGAAAGCAUGGCAAUGGUCUUGAUAGAUAGCAAAAUAGGUUCUUUAAACAAAGCGAUGCAACAAAAAGCAGCCAAAAAGGUUGUAGCUCUUGUCGAAAAAGAACUUUUUGAAAAAGGAUUUCAAGGUGAAGUGAUUUUCGGAGCUGGGAAAUUUUCAUCCCUUCCAUACAUCACAGCAAUUUCGAAAGCAAAUUCAAAACACAAAAACAAGAUCCAUUUCACAAUUGAUCAAGAAGAUAUGGCACAGACAAAAUCAAAGCUUGAUGUCUUGGAAAACAAAAAUAUUGUUUAUAAUGUUGGAGAAAGUGCUUGUUCACCAAGGAAUGUAGCAAACAAGAAGUUGUCGCAUUUAGCAGCACUAAACAAAGUGAAAGGUGUCUGGGGGAUGACAUACACUUGGAGCGUGGACAGACACUCUACUCUUGAUUGGUACACAAAUUAUUUCACAGGCAUCAUUACAAAUUACCCUGGCACACUGGCAAAUAUCGUGAAAAACAAAAAAAUAAAACUUGCUACACCAUCUGAUAUUAUUCCACCCGCAACAUCAAGUGAGACAGUGACAUCUAACAGCAACUACGAAUCAUGUGAUUGCGAUUAUUUUUCUGGUGGUUGCAAAAUCGUGAAAAAAGCACCGAAAGGAAUGGCAUGUCAAUGUGAUUAUCACUUCUUGUGGUCAUGUCAGGGAUGGGUUGUAUUGUGCAGUGAUAGCAACAGAGACUCGUGUAAAAGUCCAGACAACUCGAAACAAUCAUGUUUAGAAGGAAGAGGAGGUUGUGGAGGGUAUUAGAACUAUCGCUAUCGUGAACAGAGAUGCAUUUUGUAAUAAAGACUGUUUUAAAUUGUCUUUUCACUGUUGUUUAUGUCCUUAUCCUCCUUGGGAAUAUUGUGUAAAAUAGAAUCGUUUGUCGCACUGAAAUAAA